UUCCGCCACUGGGUGUGCGGCUGACUGCCCCUGGACCGUGGGUCGCCGCGGACCACCCCGCCCCCUUCACCUGCCGCGUCGUGGGCGCCUUCCCCCGCCCCAUAGUGCAGUGGUGGCUGGGGGCUGAGCUCCUCGCGCCCACGCCCCCUCCCAGUAGAGACGGUGGUGGAGGCGUGGUGAGCACCUUGCUCCUGACGGCCCGCCCUGAACACCACCACAAGACCCUGCUGUGUAAAGCCUUCAGCCCCAACCUGCCCAGGGCCGCCCUCCUCGACCAGGUCACCCUCCAUGUUCACUUUGUUCCUGUGGCGCGGGUGACUGUCAAGGGGAAGGAAGGUGGCAAUGUCACCGUCCGCCAAGGCGACUCUGUCACCUUCACCUGUCACCUAAGAGCCAACCCACCCGUCUACAACGUCACCUGGUUCCAUAACGGACGAGCGGUGCGUGGAGGGACAGUGGCGGGCCUGGAGGUGGACAACACCACAGUCACCCUGAGGAAGGUCACGCCCGACCUGCGGGGCCUCUUCACCUGCCUCGCCAGCAACGCUGAGGGCGACGGUCACAGUAACGCUCUCAACCUUAACGUCCAGUUCGCCCCGGUGUGUGAGAAAGGUCAGCGUCUGGAGUACGUAGGAGUCCGGGGAAAGUCGGUGACUGUGGCUUGCAACCUGCAGGCCUACCCCCCCUCCCUCACCUUCACCUGGGCCAUCAGGAGGACUCCAGAGAGCGCCCCGGAGCGGCUUGAGAGCGUGGGCCGGGAGGAGGGCCUGAGCGGACGGUACACGCUGACCCGCCUUCAGGAGGAGAGAGUCGAAGUCCUGUGCUGGGCCUCGAACGCCGUCGGGAGACAAGCCGCCCCUUGUGUCUUCGUCGUCUACACUAAGGGUCGACCAGGUGCCGUCAGCGGGUGCCGGGUGGGGAACCACACCGCCCAGGGCUUCACCGUCUCCUGCCCGCCCCCCGCCUUCACCAGUCUCCACACUCGCUACACUCUCCAUGUCUACGCUCAGAAGCCAGACUCUAGCAACAGCAGCAGCAGCAGCAGCAGCAGCAGCGGGCCACAACUCAACAAACACCUGGUCACAAACUACACAGCUUCCUCGCCGUUGUUCAUCGUGGCGGGCCUCCAGGCGGGGCGGGAGUUCGCAGUGGUGUUGAGGGCCAGCAACGACCAGGGCCUCAGUCCUCCGGUCGUCCUCAGCGCCUUCACCCUCAACGACAACGCUCAGACGGUCAUUAGACUGCCGUCGGGUCCGGGCAGUCGUGGCGGCGGCAGUGUUAGCGAGGCAGCCGACGACGGCGAUGGCAGCGGAUGGCAGGUGGCCGUGCCGCCAGUGGCGAUGGCAGUGGCGGCAGUGGUGAUGGGUGUGGUGGCGGUGGUGGUGGCGGUGAUGGUGGCGGUGACGGUGGCCAGGUGCCGCCGCCAGACUCCCCGCGCCCACCACCAGGACGACCAGCACAGGGAGGAGCGGGCACUGGUGCAGGCUGCCACCACCCCUGACACCACCAGCACUACAGUUUUCCAGACCCUUCACGUGGAGUUGUCAAGUGUUCCCGCCACCUUUACCAUGGCGCCAGAUGAGGUGACGGGGACCUCUGAGUGGUGUUCCCGCGGGGGAGCAUCUCUCUCCUCCGUCAGCCUCUCCUGACACCUAGAUGCUGACACUACCAACCCUCACCCACUCUACCCCCAGCCUCUCCUGACCCAGAAAGAGAAAUACCCAAGGGACGCACCGUUAGGUACCCCCUCCAUCACACCCUAGACCAGUCCUGACACCAUGGGGAAGGUACCCAGAGAGCGCCCUGCCCCUCAUACAACCCCAGACUAGUCCUAACAUCAUGGGGAAGGUACCCAGAGAGCGCCCUGCCCCUCAUACAACCCCAGACUAGUCCUAACACCAUGGGGAAGGGACCCAGAGAGCGCCCUGCCCCUCACACUACCCCAGACUAGUCCUGACGCCAUGGGGGAAGGUACCGAGAGAGCGCCCUGCCCCUCAUACAACCCCAGACUAGUCCUGACACCAUGGGGGAGGUACCCAGAGAGCGCCCUGCCCCUCACACUACCCCAGACUAGUCCUGACGCCAUGGGGGAAGGUACCGAGAGAGCGCCCUGCCCCUCAUACAACCCCAGACUAGUCCUGACACCAUGGGGGAGGUACCCAGAGAGCGCCCUGCCCCUCAUACAACCCCAGACUAGUCCUGACGCCAUGGGGGAAGGGACCCAGAGAGCGCCCUGCCCCUCACACUACCCCAGACUAGUCCUGACACCAUGGGGAAGGUACCCAGAGAGCGCCCUGCCCCUCAUACAACCCCAGACUAGUCCUGACGCCAUGGGGGAAGGGACCCAGAGAGCGCCCUGCCCCUCACACUACCCCAGACUAGUCCUGACACCAUGGGGGAGGUACCCAGAGAGCGCCCUGGCCCUCACACUACCCCAGACUAGUCCUGACUAUCUCCCUCACUUUACCAUAGAGUGGCCAUUACCACCAAGUGCCAUUUCUCUGGUAUUGAAGACGUCUUGGGAGGGUUCACAAGAGACCGGAUGUUGUUGCCGUUUGAAAAUUUAGAUGAUAACGAAUUUGGUGGCGUUCAAAAACAGCUGGGAAAGUCCAGAUUAACAAUGGGGAGAAUGCAUAAGGAGGCGACUUCUCCAUCAUUCUGGCCAGAGAGCGUGACCUUACCAGAUGAAGUGAUCUAGCCAGAGAGCGUGACUUUGCCAGAGCGUUUGACCUUGCCAGAAAGAGUGACCUUGCCAGAGAGAGUGACCUUGCCAGAGAGAGUGACCUUGCCAGAGAGCGUGACCUUGCCAGAGAGAGUGACCUUGCCAGAGAGAGUGACCUGGCCAGAGAGAGUGACCUUGCCAGAGUGCGUGACCUUACCAGAGAGCGUGACCUUGCCAGAGAGAGUGACCUUGCCAGAGUGCGUGACCUUACCAGAGAGCGUGACCUUGCCAGAGAGAGUGACCUUGCCAGAGAGCGACCUUGCCAGAGAGCGUGACCUUACCA